AUGGUAAGUAUCAAUGGCUUAAUCUGUGUUUAUCGUCUUCAUCAUCGUGCAUCUACUGAGCUGGACAAGCCCGUUAUAUUUAACCUCUGCACCCGAGAGUCCAUCACUCUUCCCCAUGCCUUAAAUACUAGCCGGAGCCACUACUUGGUUCAUUCGACUUGGAUUGGGUUCAGUCCUCAGACAAACGAGAAUAAGGUUCUCCAAGUACUAGUGCGGCACCAUCACACCAACGAAAGCAGUUUCAUAUUCAAGAUUUUCACUCUUGGUGGUACAAGUAGUUCAUGGAGGCAUCUAGAGAUAGAAGACAAAGACUUCGAUGAUCUUGCUCUUGAUUAUCAAAAUUUACUGUUUCACCAGAGAUCUGUGUUCCUCCACGGGGCCAGACAUUGGCUGGAAACGAAUAUUAAGGAUGAACUUGUUAUAUUGGUUUUUGACUUUGAACAAGAGCGAUUCAGAGUAAUCCCAUUGCCUCAAGAAUAUCAUAAAGAUCGCGUUGGUGCUUCUCCUUUUGUGGAAAUGAUUGAAGUGAAUGAAUGUGUUGCAAUAAAUGAUCCCGACUUCUCAUCUGAAGGAAAUGUUAUAAGUUUAUGGAUUUUGAAGGAUUACCAACAUCUGGUGUGGGUUAAAGAGAGUAUCAUCUUUCCCACUAAAUGGAAGAAGAUGGGAUUCCCUAUUCCUAGGUGCUCAAUCUACACAGGCGAGCUCCUGCUUAGAGGGCCAUGUGGUACAUGCGAGAGGCCUGACUCUGAGUAUCUUUUAGGUUUCCACUUGGCUUCCAUGGAGCAGAGCCUGACCUUGUUCUCCAAGUGGGUGACCUCUUCUUCAGGGCUCACAAGGUAA